CGCCACUUCCUUUUUCGACUCGUCCUCUUCAGCAUGGCGCCGAAAAGACAGAUUGUGGUGAAAAAAAAGAACAAAAAGGGAGCUUCCUGGAAGUUCACCCUGGACUGCACUCACCCUGUGGAGGAUGGAAUCCUAGACUCUGCAAACUUUGAGACAUUUCUGAGAGAAAAGGUGAAGGUUAAUGGCAAAACAGGCAAUCUGGGCAAUGUAGUCCAGAUCGCUCGCCAAAAGAACAAGAUCAGCGUCACAUCAGAAAAGCAGUUCUCCAAGAGGUAUCUGAAGUAUCUCACAAAGAAAUACCUGAAAAAGAACAAUCUUCGGGACUGGCUGAGGGUGGUGGCCUCUGACAAGGAGAGUUAUGAGCUGCGUUACUUCCAGAUCAGUCAAGAUGAUGAGUCCGAGACUGAAGAAUGAAGCUUUAGUUGUGAAGAGGAUGAUGGUGUAUUGAAGUCCUGUACAAAUAGUCACAUCUUUUGUAUGCAGUUUGAUUGUUUGUAAAUAAAUGGACGGAUAUACACAAAAAUGGAAAA